UAUAAAUACUCAUUCAACAUAUUAUCUUUGGUUAACACUCGACACGCCCGUCAAGUUACUAAGCACACAACGUAAUAACAUUUUAACAAAACAGUAGCGGCAGUAUAUAGAAAUCAUGGUGACUGCCAAAAAAUACAUUAUCGCUAAAUAUUUUGAAGGUGAGCCUCAACCGACUGAUUUAAAAUUAGUAGAAGAGGAAUUACCGGCAAUUAAAGAUGGAGAGUAUCUGGUGGAAGCUGAAUAUUUAUCUGUGGACCCCUACAUGAGACGUUAUACAAUGAGAUAUCCAUUAAAUUCAACGAUGAUCGGUUUCCAAGUCGCUAAAAUAAUCGAGUCAAAACAUCCAGAUUAUCCUGUUGGGAAAAGGAUAAUGGCGCAUAUAGGAUGGAGAACACAUACCAUCAUUGAUGCUAACAGUACUGAAGAGGAGGGAAUGUUGAAUUUUAAACCUUAUAUUUUACCAGAUUUUGGAGAUUUGCCAGUGUCACUUGCUCUUGGUAUGCUGGGAAUGCCGGGAAAUACUGCCUACUUUGGAUUUACUGAAAUUUGCAAACCGAAAACUGGAGAAACUUUAGUUGUCUCAGGAGCUGCUGGUGCUGUGGGCUCACAUGUUGGUCAAAUUGGAAAAAUUUUGGGCCUCAAUGUAAUAGGAAUCGCCGGUAGUGAUGAAAAAUGUAAAUGGAUCACCAAAGAUCUAGGAUUUGAUCAUGCAAUUAAUUACAAAACACAAAAUGUAGCUGAAGAAUUAAAAAAAUUCGCCCCAGAUGGAGUCGAUUGUUAUUUCGACAAUGUGGGUGGAGAAAUAUCCAGCACAAUUAUUUACCAAAUGAAUCUUUACGGACGUGUGGCAGUAUGCGGAUCUAUUUCUGCUUACAACGCUGAACUCAAUUCACUUCCGAAGUGUACUAUAAUACAGCCACCUAUUGUAACUCAGCAAAUAAAAUUAGAGGGAUUCAUGGUGAUGCGUUGGCUGGAUCGCUGGAUGGAAGGAAUCGAGAAGAAUCUUAAGUGGAUCCAUGAAGGCAAAUUGGUCUAUCAUCAAACUGUAACAGAGGGCUUUGAUAAAAUGUUUGAUGCCUUUGUAGGUAUUUUGAAAGGUCAAAAUACUGGAAAAGCCAUUGUAAAAGUUUGAUACGUUUAUCAAAGAGAAAAAUAUUACCAAAUUUUUAUUAAUAUUUUCUUCAUUUUGAUUUUUUUUCAAUAAAAAUUUUUUUCUUGACUUGAAA